CGGACGUUAUUUUCAAGCUGGGUCAGAAUGCAGACCCGCUGACAUCCGUACAAGUGGACCAGGAUGGCAUGGUUACCGCCCUCUAUUGGCAAGGGUCUUAUCUGAGCACGUCCAUUCCAGAGAGCAUCAGCGCCCUCUCACGCCUCACUCUGCUCGACCUGGGAGACACAGUGCUUAGCGGCUCUCUGCCCAAAACCAUGAGCGCUCUCUCCAGAUUGCAAGACUUGAGUCUGGGGCACAACUCUCUCACCGGGAGCAUUCCUGCAUGGAUCGCCUACAUGACCGCACUCACUGCUCUCCGGCUGGACAGUAACAGGUUCACUGGCAGUCUACCAUCGGGGCUAGCUGCACUCACGAAUCUGCAAACGCUGAAUGUUUCGUUCAACAGCCUGACUGGCAGCAUCCCAGAGUCCAUUGGCAACCUGGUUCAACUCUCAGACUUAGAUGUAUCCAAAACCAAUCUGACAGGACAGCUCCCCCCAGCAUUGGGCAAUCUUUCCAAGCUUGAAAACAU